AUGUACGCAGUCUAUCAUUGUCCCCUAGGACCGCUUGUCAAAUCAGGCGUGGCAGUGAUUCGUGUGUCGGGGAGCAACGCGUUUGAUGCAAUCAAACAGAUGACAUCGGAGCAAUGUUCAUUCCCUACGCCUCGCCAAGCUUCUCUCCGUUCGAUUCUCGAUAGUCAAACAAAAGAAGUGAUCGACAAGGGCUUAGUAAUGCAUCGUUUUCCCCUCUCUCUCAGUUUUACCGACGAGGACGUCGUCGAAUUCCACGUCCACGGCAGUCCCGCCGUGGUGAACGCCACGCUUCGCUCUCUGUCGCACAUCCCCUAUUUCCGCGUGGCGGAACCCGGCGAAUUUACAAAGCGCGCGUUUCUGAACGGGAAGAUGUCCUUUCUGGAGGUGGAGGCGCUCGCCGACCUGCUGAACGCCGAGACGGAGACGCAGCGGCAGCAGGCGAUACACGGACUCAGCGGCGAGCUCUCUGCGCUCUGCUGGAAGUGGCGAUCGCAGCUCAUGCACAGCUUGGCUCAUGCGGAAACGAUCCUGGAGUUCGCGGACGACAUGGACGAGGAGUCGGUUUUGCUGGCGGACGCGACGCGGCAGCUCGGCUCGAUUCGCGACUCCAUGCAGCAGCUGCUUCGCGGAUUUCGCCGAAGCCAGCUGGUGAAGGAGGGCAUCCGAGUCACGCUGUUCGGUCCUCCCAACGUGGGGAAAUCGUCCCUGCUGAACGUUCUGACGGGUUCGGAGGAGGCGAUCGUGUCGGCAAUUCCCGGCACGACACGCGAUGUGCUGAAAGUGGAUCUGGACUUGGAGGGAUGGAAAGUGAUCCUACAGGACACUGCGGGGCUGCACGACUCCGAGGAAGUGGUAGAAAGGGAAGGAAUGAAUCGGGCGAGGGCGGCCGUGGCGGAGAGCUCGGUUCGCAUGGUGGUUGUCGAUGUUGCGCGCGAUGCGAAGGAAAAUGUGGAAAGCAUGAUGCGGGAGAUCGAGGGAAAGGGAGAGGCGGAACGAAAAGGAAAAAUGGGAGAAUCGUGUUUGGAGGGAAAAGAAAACACGAAAAAAAGUCAGUUGGAGGGAGAAGUUUUGGUGGUGCUGAACAAAAGCGAUUUGGUCAGCAAAGAGCAAGUGGAGGAGGUGCGGGAGUUUGUGCUGAAUAAAUAUCCGUUCGUUCAGAAUGUUCUUUCCAUCUCGUGCAAGCAAAAGCAGGGAAUUGAAGCAGUGCUAACUGCGUUGAAAGAGGUGGUGGGGAGAGUAGCGCACGAGAACACAGAGGGAGAUCACAGUCAGCUGAUCACGCGUGAGCGUCAGCGAAAUUGCUUGGAGCAAUGUAUAUCGAGCAUUGAUCGCUGUAUGGAGCUGUCGGAAGAGGAUUUGGUGGACUUGGAGGCAGAAGAGUUGCGCUAUUGUUUGAAGUCGCUUUCUCGGUUGACGGGUGAAGUAGACGUGGAGGAGAUUCUGGAUAUCGUGUUUUCCGAGUUUUGCAUAGGAAAAUAG